AUGGAAGAGUCUGUACGCGGUAUUUGCGGCCAAGAAGGCUGCCGCGAGACCCGUUACUACAUCGAAAAUGGCUUGUGGUUUUGUCGUCAAGGGCACCAACAGGAGGGCCAGGAGGUCAUCGUAGAUGACGAAAACUUCGGCGCUCAAGGAAGAACAGCUCGACGAAAGAAAGUACAGGCUGAACGAAGAUCUAAAACUUAUCAUGGAAGUGAUGCAUUCCAGCUGUUCCUGGAAGCCUAUCAGCUUCUGCUGUGGAAACAGUGUCACGCCUUGGUUCAUGUCAAGGGACUUCCCCCUGAACUAGAGGGUAUCGUGAAGGAUCUAUGGGUUCUUCGACUUGAUAAGAUAUAUGAAGGGAGGGACGAUAUCUACGUCGAAGAUGAAAACUCUACUCAGCUCUUCAGUUCCCAGACAGGUGUAUCAAACGAAAUUGAUAAGGAAGAGCAUCAAUACCACAAGCGAAAGCUCAGUACUUCACCACGAGUACUAGAUUCGCUGGCUCUUUGCUACUUGGGCAUCCUGUUGCUACGCCUCCCUGUUAGCAUUGGAUGGGUUACCGAGGAUGAAAUCCCGUUCAUGAGACCUCUUCGGUUUAUACCAUCAGAGAUGAAAGAUCGACUUCCUGCCAUUUAUCACGUGGCGUUUGAAACGAAGAAUGUUCCUAUUGGGGAUCAAUUUCAUCGAGCUGUCGCGGACUUGGUAAUGUUAUAUUACCGCGGUUUUAGCAUAGAAUUCCCGGCCAUUAAUUCGUCGUUGCUUCUCUUCUCCUACGUCAAGCAACUUGCUCUACCCAUUGAAGUAUUUUCCGCCGUUAAACAGCUGAUGAAAAGUGUGGAAUUUACUUAUACAUUCCCAAAGGAGGUUAAGGGGAAGUUUCGUCGGAUAUACUUACCAGAAGUGCAGCUGAUGAGCCUUGUUAUUGUUGCCACCAAGCUUCUUUUCCCCUUCGAUGACAUUAAACGAUAUCCACGAGCACCGAAUGAACCAGCCGUUCAAGUUAUAGAUUGGGACAGAUGGGCUGAAGCUCAAAGCACGUUUGACAGCAGGGGGAUUUCGCAAGGCUUUCUUACAAAUACUGCAGCAAUGCAAGCCACGGAAAAAGACGCUAUGGAGAUGACACAGCAGCAGCUAGACGAAUACAUGGACUGGUACGAUAAGCUUUGGCUUGCUGAGACAAAAGCUUCGAACCCUUUCGCAGAGAUGUUCCCGACCUCAAGAGCAGGCAAUGUGGAAGCCAGUAGUCAGGCUAGACAAACGGAGGAUGAAGCAGUGGCAGAGAAGCUGCAAACAGUCCUAUCCAAUUUACGAGUGAGGAGGGUUAUCACUGAAGAAGAAGCCAGUAGGCGUAUGGAACCUAUCCUGAGGCCAGGCUGCGAUUAUUUACGGUUUAGAUACGAGAACCAACUCGUAGACAGGGCAAGGAAAUUCUAUGACACUGCCGCAAAGAUCAUCAGCGUGUCCCUGGAAACUCUUGUUCUCGCGGUCUAUCAGACAGAGGGUCAGAUACAGAGUCAAAAAGGGAAGAGCGGAAAUAACUAA